AUGUUACAGCAUAUCAUCGAAGAAAUGAUAUCCUGCGUCAACGAGGCGAAAGAAUACGAGAGAGAUAUCUUCGAUCUGUAUAUAGCAAAAUGCUAUUCUGUCUAUGGUGGUUAUGUGACAACUCUGUACUUACUAUUUAGUUUUGUUGUCGUCGGAGCUUUCUUUUUGCCAAUUCCACACCCAUUAAGUGUGGUAUAUCCGUUUCGCAACGAUUACAUACCGGUAAAUUUUAUCCUAUACUUGCAUCAUACUGCCAUUUGCUGUCAAGGCGUCGGACAUUUUAGCAUGUGCGUGUUCGCCGCGCUUUUAAUGUGGUUCACAGUCGCGAGGUUCGACUGCUUGACAAUCGAACUCGAGAGAACUACGAACGUUCGCACGCUGAUCACUUGCGUUAAGAAACAGCUACAUUUAAAUAGAUACGCGGAAGAAGUAAUUGACUGCUUUCGCUUUAUGGUAUUUUAUAUUUUAGCAAUAUCAACGUGUAUACUGGCUGGAAGUGGUAUUCUACUGAUCACAGACGCCCCGAUGAUAGCGAAAGUGAAGUUUGUUGCUAUCAGCAUCAUGUUCCUCUUUUACGUAUACAUGUACGCCUGGCCAGCUGAUCAUAUUCAAGAUGUGGCAAAGUUUGAACGUUUCAAGAAGCACGUACAAUAUGAAAUGGUACGAUCAUUCUUUAGAACUACAAAAGCAGAUACUAGUCAUACUGGGUUAUAA